GCAACGGACAAAGGAUCGAAUUUCUACAUAUUCUAUCUCAUUGACUGCAGGAAACGAACAAAGAGUCGACGCAAUUCGAUUGAGUCAUGUUGAGGACCUUACCAGGGCUACCAUGAAGAAAUUAACUCAAAGAAUGGCUGAGCACAAAUAAACAAUGGCAGCCGCUAAGUCUGAUGAAGCGAGGGAUAAGAUUGUUAGUGAAUUCUCAAAAAUUCAAAAACAAAACACCACAACUGGGUUGCGCACCUGCAAUAACAUUUUAGCUAUGACAAAGAAAAGAACAAGAAGAAAUGAAGCUGAAGGCUGGCUCGCUGCUAGGAGCUCAGUUUCUGGAGUGAAACGACCUGCAAAUGCUGGUAAUGGAUCUGGUAACAUGGCUUUAAAGAAGGGUCGUGGAGCUGAUGGUUUGGAAAAUCAUCUUGUUAAUAGAGCACUGGAAGGUAUAUCUUACGGUGGGAGGACAGGUGCAAGAGGCAGAAGCAGAGGCAAGGGCAGGGGCAGGGGAUGGGGAGGACGUGGGAGAGGAAGAGGCUACCGGUAGAUGGAAACUUGAAGCUUAUCCCCCUCCAGAAGUAUAAAUGACCAUCAUAAUU